ACAUGAGUCUGAGUGAACUCCGGGAGUUGGUGAUGGACAGGGAGGCCUGGUGUGCUGUGAUUCAUGGGGUCGCAAAGAGUCAGACACUACUGUGCGACUGAACUGAACUGAGUUACCUCACCUAGGCCAGGCACAUGAUUAUAAUCCCUUUUCAUUUUGCAGGACGUGAAUUUCAGAGAGGUUAAGCAACACUCUUAACUGGAGCGUGGCAGUGCUAUUGCUUCAAGGAGGAAGCUUGCGAGCUGUGGCAGGAAAGGUACUUAGAAUGUGGGAUGUGGAGGUCCCUGUCAAAACUUGCCAAGGGACAAGUUUUGUCUUUGUCCUAAGAUAACUCGAAGCCUUUACAAGGUUUUAGGACAAGGGUGUGUAUGAUGAGAUUUGCAUUUUCAAAACUCACUCUGGCUAGAGUGUUGGAAAAUGAGUUGGGGGUGGGGAGGAGGGGUCCUGACUGGACUUGGGGAGAGCAGUGGAGGCUGUGGCAGGGGUCCAGGCAAGAGAUGAUGGAGACUUGGACUAGGGUGGUCACAGUGGUGGUAGAGAGGCAGGGGGCACAGAAUCAGAAGAUUCCAAGGGGUGAUUCAACAGGACACAAGCACAAAUCUGACCCUCGGGUGGGCGGGGGUAGCGGGGUGGAGUGCUCGAUGCCACCUGGACCUGCAGAUGUGAGACUUGAUGGAUAGUUGUGCUGUUCCAGGAGCCUGCCCGGGGCCGUGCCACCCUGGGGCCCCUUCUGUAGUUCCUCCCCCUCCCCAGACACUGGGAAGAGACCUGGUUUGGGGUGAACUGGGGUCCUGGGAACAGAGCUCAGAGACAAUCCAGGGGAGUGGGAAGGAGCAGGAUCCAGCAUGCCCUGUAGCUCCACCCCCACCUGGCGGGGAAUUCCACCCAACCCAGGACCAGCAACUGCUGCGUGUUCUGAGCCAUGAAGAAAUUUAAGGAAGUAUCAUCAGUAAAAAUUCCCUUAACGUAAAAUUAACCAUUAACCAUUCAAAGGUGUACAACCCAGUGGCACCAAGUGCAUUCACAGUGGUAUGCAACCGUCAGUAACUGGUUCCCGCAUGUUUUCAUCACCUUUCCCGUUACCUGCCCUCCUUCCCCCCUCCUGCCCCAGCUCCUGGCAGCUGUCUGUCUGGAUGUUUCCUAUAAACGGCAUCACACUGCACCCCGUCUGGAAGGGUCCAGCCUCCGUGCCAGGGGGCACCCGGCAGUCCCCCAUCAACAUCCGCUGGAGGGACAGUGUCUACGAUCCCCAACUGAAGCCCCUGGGGGUCUCCUACAACGCGGAGGCCUGCCUCUAUGUCUGGAACACCGGCUACCUCUUCCAGGUGGAAUUCGACGACUCCACCGAGGGGUCAGGAAUCAGCGGUGGCCCCUUGGAAAACCACUACAGACUAAAGCAGUUCCACUUCCACUGGGGAGCAGUGAAUGAGUGGGGCUCAGAGCACACGGUGGACGACCGUGUGUACCCCGCAGAGCUGCACUUGGUUCACUGGAACGCUGUGAAAUACCAGAACUACACAGAUGCCGUGACAGGAGCAGACGGCUUGGCGGUGGUAGGUGUAUUUUUAAAGCUGGGGGCCCGCCACGAGGAGCUGCAGGAGCUGGUGGCAGUCUUGCCAGACAUAAAGCACAAGGACGCGCGAGCAGCCCUGGGCCCCUUCCAGCCCUCCUGCCUGCUGCCUGCCUGCCAGGACUACUGGACAUACCCAGGCUCCCUGACCACGCCGCCACUGUCGGAGUCAGUCACCUGGAUCAUCCACAAGAAGCCCAUCGAGGUGGCUCAGGACCAGCUGGCCGCGUUUCGCUCGCUCCUGUUUUCGGUGCCUGGUGAAGAAGAGAAGACGAUGGUAAACAACUACCGCCCACUCCAACCCCUGAUGAACCGGAAGGUCCGUUCGUCCUUCCAGGCCACUCACGAGGGAGCAAGACUCUAAAUUCACUCUGUCCACGCUAACAGGUAGAACUGACUUUAACAAGAGAAAGUAUUGUUUCCUGGGCUUCACGGUCCGAUCGUGUGUAACCUUUGAAAUUAAAAAGAGAGCAAAAGGUUA